CCACCUGGAGUGAAAGGCUCAGGGGAGAGGAGCAGGUGGAGUCAGACACCCACUGGCCGACUAGUGCAGCUUGCAGCUCUGCGGGCCACCUAACUAGCCAUCCGCGCGUUUCCAGCGGGAACCCCGGCCAGCCCUGCUGCUUCCCAGAGCUAGCUGGAGCUGCGGGUAGAAUCUCCCCGGAAGGGCCCGAAGGCGGUAGGUGGGCUGAAAGGGUGGGGUGGGGCUGAAUAAAGGAGCAGAGGCUGCAGGAACUAGGGGUACCCCGCAUCACCGGCCCUGGAGCAAGAAGAGAUUAUCCGCCCCCCCCCCCGAACAUUUUCAAGGCGUGUCUUGUUACAUUUUUUGCAAGCUGGUGGCACGCACGGGUUGCAGAGUGUCAAGCUGAUCAGCAUUCAAGUGGCGAUGAGUGAGCAAAGUGAAGUGAGAGGGGCGCGUGCAACUGGCAGUGGAAGCUGAGGAUGGUGCAUGGGGAGAGAGAGAGAGAUGAGAAGAAGCUGUUUGUGUUGCCUUGGGAUUUUUCCACGUUGAAACCUACCAGGACCAGUUGCUACGAAGCAUGAAGCAGGCGGUGAUGGUUGUGAUGAUGAGGAAAGGCUGUUUCUAAAUGAUCGGGCUGCAGUUCUCUCAGAAUACAAGCAACAAAUGGCAGCGGGCUGUGGCCGGGCUGCAGCAGCAGCAGCAGCUGCAACUCCCAGGUUGUUGCUUUUUUCUCAGUGAGUUAUAUAUUCAUAAGUUUGAACAGAUUAAAAAUAUGUUCAAAGAACCCAGCUCUGAGCCAAAUUUGGAUUCCUUCUCAGUUUUCAUCCAUUGUGAUCCUACUGAGACAACAGCGCUUAUGAUGAAAAGCGAUUAAGUGGAGCAAAGGCUGUAAUGAGUUGCAGCAUACAUUACUCAAGUAUCCAGGAUAAGUAAUAGUUAUCUGUCUUUAUUUUUGGAAAAUGUGCAAAAUUUGUUCCUUGUGUAUUUUUUUUCAGGUUGAAUCAACUGAGAGUAUGUGACUUUUUACAAGCACUUAAUUGGGACUGUGAAGUGGGCAAAUGAAAUGUAGAAAUUAGAAAUGAAUUAUUUAUUUUUCCAAUUUGUUGUUGUAAAUGCUGGAGAAAGGAUAUGAAAAGCUCUACUGACUAGGAACUUUACUAUGCUGUGAUUAUGGUUCCAAUUAUGAGUUAUGUAAACGCUGGACUUCAGCUUUGUGCCAUCCAGUUGUAAAAACAAACAAACAAAAAACUGCUCAGAGAGGUAGGUAGCUAGUAGCAAGUGCAAAGUUUUCAUAAGCAUAUGGUCAGAUCUAGAAGUAUGGGAACUCUUACACACAUUUACUCUGACCUUCAGUCCCAGAGAUGAAAAAACUGCUUUAAACUAUUCUACUCUGAAGUCUGUAUGUAGAAGAAUAAAAGAAGACAUCUAAUGCCUUAGUACAAAGAGAGUUCCUAAAUUUUUAAUUAUUUUCCCCAUAUUCAAGGGAUUUGCUAGUAAGAAUAGAAACAUCUACAGAAUCAAUUUUUAUUUAUAUUAAUAUCUUAUGGUCAGCAUGUAGUCUGAAAUAAUUACAGUGAUUAUACUCUUUUCUUCAAGCACUCAGAACUUGCAUUCAUUCCAGGAUUUUUACUAUACAAUCCUGAAAAGAUAAUCCCUCAAUGUAUUAUGCUUCAUUUUUUUGAAUUUAUCCAACAGUGUCUUUUGUGAGCUUCAUUAGCAAUUAUUUUAGUAUAAUAAGUUACCAGUUUGACAAAAGAUGACACACAUGUUGAAGAAUAAUAAAUUUAAACUUAAUUUACUAGAUAGUAUUUUGUUACAAUUAUAUAUAUAAAAUGAUAUUUUGUUGUAAAGUUUGACCUCAAAAGUUAAACAUUAUUUCCCUGACUCUUUCUUUAUAUAGAAAAGCAACUUCUAACUCAAAGUUUUUGAUAGAGGCUAAUGGAUUCAGCAUACACCUCUGCCCCGAUAUAACGCGACCCGAUAUAACAUGAAUUCGGAUAUAACGUGGUAAAGCAGCACUCCAGGAGGGCAGGGCUGCGCACUCCAUUGGAUAAAAGCAAAUUCAAUAUAACGCCAUUUCAGCUAUAAUGCGUUUGUAGUGUGCAUGCGAGGAGCUGGGAGCAAGAGGCACUAGGAGCUGAGAGUGAGAAGGCAUAUUACUGGAAGACUGAGGAGUGCAAGCAUAUUUCAGACACCAGGAGAAAGGUCCUAUGAUUAGAAGCAACAUACAAAGCCUGGAAGAAAGAGGUGUAUUUUUAAGACGAAUACUGACGAUGAGGAAGUCCACUUAUUAGUCCACUUUUGCUAAUUCUGCUGAAGAAAAUGAAGCUACGCUUUGGCUGUACAGAAUCUUUUACCACCACUGUUGGGUAAAUGAGAAGUGGUCGUGUGAUUAUGCUGACAUCCCAGCAUGCAUUUGGUAGACCUGUGGUUAACUCGUUCCCUCUCCAUGUGUCUGUUCUUACAAAGUUUUGUCCUCAUGAUACUGUGCUUUCAUUCUGCCAGUAUGUGCCCAAAAGGCUGCCUUUGUUCUCAUUCUGGAGGUUUAAAUGUCAGUUGUAGCAAUGCAAAUCUCAAGGAAAUACCCAGAGAUCUUCCUCCUGAAACAGUCUUACUUUAUUUGGACUCCAAUCAGAUAACAUCCAUCCCAAAUGAAAUUUUUAAGGACUUGCAUCAACUGAGAGUCCUCAAUUUAUCCAAAAAUGGUAUUGAAUUUAUAGAUGAACAUGCCUUUAAAGGAGUGGCAGAAACCUUGCAGACUUUGGACUUGUCUGACAACCGGAUUCAAAGUGUGCACAAAAAUGCUUUCAAUAACUUAAAAGCCAGAGCCAGAAUUGCAAACAAUCCUUGGCACUGUGACUGUACUCUACAGCAGGUCCUGAGGAGCAUGGCAUCCAACCAUGAAACUGCCAACAACGUCAUCUGUAAGACUUCUGUGUUAGAUGAACAUGCUGGGAGACCAUUCCUCAAUGCUGCCAAUGAUGCAGAUCUUUGUAACCUUCCUAAAAAGACUACUGAUUAUGCCAUGCUAGUCACCAUGUUUGGCUGGUUCACCAUGGUGAUAUCCUAUGUAGUUUAUUAUGUGCGGCAAAAUCAAGAGGAUGCAAGAAGGCACCUUGAGUACUUGAAAUCCCUGCCAAGCAGGCAGAAGAAACCAGAAGAAGCUGAUGACAUUAGCACUGUGGUAUAGUAUCCUGAAUACAACUGACUUUGAGAUGGAAAUUAGAUUUGGAUGGCACUAAAACCAGAGGUUUACAAUGAAUGUUAUAAGUAAACAUUUAAGACUUUUUUUUUUCAGUUUAACUGAAUUAUGCCAUUGUUGAUCUUUCUAACAAAGGUUUUUGUUUGGGUGGUAUACGUUAAUUGUUUCUCUGGUGGUAUUCUAAAGCAAGUAAACUAGUAUGUAAACAUUAGUUAGACCCAUUUAAUAACAAAAUUUAUUUUUUUAAUUUAAAACCGAAUA